AAUAGUAGAAAACAUGAAGCUGCCGCAAGUGUGUUGCAACUUGCGGCUUCCACUGCUGCCAUUGCUGUUGCUGCUGCUGCUGCUGUUGCAAGUUGUCGCCAGCGACAGCCAAAACAAUAGCCUCCGGGUGAAUACUUACCUCAAGGAUGUGAAUGCAACGGUCAUGGCGUUGCCCUCAAUACAGAGCGCGGGCAACAUUUGUACGCGCGAGGAGCCAUACGAGGAGCUGUUGCAGGUGCCCGAGGUGCAGCCGGUUCGGGUGCGCACGUCCACCUGGUGCCUGGAGAUACCGCCGCGAUGCCCCUCCUACAAGACGGAAAUGCGCGAGGUGAUGAAGGUGCAGAGACUGAACAAAACGCGUACGGUUCGCUUUUGCUGUCAAGGCUAUGAGGGCAAUCUUUCGGACAGCCAGGCCAGCUGCCGUCCCAUUUGUCGCGGCGGCUGUGGGCGUGGCAAUUGCCUUAUGCCCGAUAUAUGCAGCUGCGAGGAGGGCUACACCGGCAAGCACUGCACGCAGCGCUGUGAUCACGAUCGCUGGGGCCUCGACUGCAAGAACUCAUGCCAGUGCCAAAAUGAUGCCGUAUGUGAUAAUAAAUCAGGAGGUUGCCAUUGCAUAGCCGGCUGGGCUGGUCAGCUCUGCGAGCAGCCGUGUCCACCGGGCACACAUGGCGUCAUGUGCCGCAAAGUCUGCGAGUGCCCAGAGAAACGCUGCCAUCCACAGACGGGCGAGUGUCUGGGCCCGGAAAGCUUAGAAGCCGUCAACGUCAAUCAUGUUGUGCUGGAGACAAUCAACUCGACCAUGGCGAACCUAACACACAAUAUAAACAACAUUGCCAAGCGCAUUGGCAGCAUGUCUGAGAGCAGUCACGUUCAGGUGACGCCCAGUGCUUUGCCGGAGGUCAUAUUGAUCAAACAGCCCGUGCAGGAGGCAGCGCACACGCCCAAGAUCAUCUUGCACGAGUCCAGCAAUGCUCUGCUCGAGAACUUGCAUACAGCUGCAGCAGCGGGUGUGCCCACGCCAGAGGUCAUCCAUGUAAUCACAAGUUCUGGCGGCGUCGGGGGCAGCCAGGAUCGGGCACCGCAACUGAAUUUGGCUGGCUUUGCGGCCGGAGAGAGUAAUCCGAGUCGCAGUGCUCACGAUCACGACUCCAGCCUAUUGAGCACUCUGAUUGUCAUGCUGCUCAUGCUGAUGAUCGUCAUCAUAUUGGGCUUCAUCUACGUCUACAGGCGGCAGCAUUUGCAGAAAGAGGCCGUCAUCUACAAUGCCAAUGGCACGUUCAGCAACGCCCAGCCACAUGGACAUGUCACUCCGGAAGUGGUGAUCAGUAGUGAUACGGGGAAAAUCUUUCAUGGACCAUUGCCAAAGCCGCCGGCCAUCUUACCCACCAAUCAAACCCAACCGAACGAGGCAUCUUUGCCUGAUCUUUAUGACACGCCCAGCAAUAACUCUUCGAUUACAACUCAGCCCUAUGCCUAUGCACGCAAGGAAUCUCUGUAUUCGGUCGUAUCCCCCAAGUCGCGCAAAGGCAGCCUCGAUUCGCAUCUAUACGAUGAGAUACGAUAUCAUCAACAGCAGCAGCAUCACCACCAGCACCACCAUCAGUUGCAGCAGCAGCAGCAACAGCUACAACCACAUUCACACCACUCAUCUCAACCACAUGCCUCGCAGCAGUCACGCUAUCAGCAUUCAACCACGGCAACUGCCUUUCUGGCACCACCGCAGCCACUGCGCCAGAGCAAUGGACGGGUGCACCACCACCAGCACAUAUCCAGCACCACCAACAGCGGCUCACAUGUUUCCCACUUGAUCAUUCCGCCACAAAACUCCAAUUUCCUGCAGGUGCCCAGCCAGAUUGGAACGCAUAAAAUUGCCCAUUUUUAUGACGGGGCUCUCGGUGCUGGUGGGGCUCUCGGUAGUGGUGGUGCUCUCAGUAGUAGUGGUGCUCUGGGUGCUGGUGGUGCUCUCAGUAGUAGUGGUGCUCUGGGUGCUGGUGGUGCUCUCGGUACUGGUGGGGCUCUCGGUGCUGGUGGUGCUCUCUGUGCUUGUGGUGCUCUCGGUGCUGGAGGUGCUCUCGGCGCUGAAAUGCACUGCAUAUGGAAUGUUGUGCGGCCUCAGCUGCUGCUGCUGUUGCUGCUGCUGCUGGGACUGACAGCGGGAUCAGAGCUAUACGGCGAUAUACACACAGCACUUGAAUUUGAGUCACUCAGUCAAACGCAGCAUAAUCUGUGUCAGCGCGAGCUGCCUGCCAUCUUCUUUCAGACUCAGAAGCAUCAGCCGGUGCGUGGCAAUGGUUCCAGCAUCUAUUUCCAACGCAUCGAACAGUGCUGCGCUGGCUAUCGAACAGAUCCGUAUACGGGUCAAUGUGUGCCGGAUUGUGGGCUCACUACGCCGGACAAUUGUCGCAAUGGCUUUUGCCGUGCCUCGGGUCACUGCGAGUGCUUUCCGGAAUUUGUGCGCAAUGAGCAGGGCGCUUGCAUACACACCUGUCCGAUUGCCUGCCAGCAUGGACGUUGCUAUCUGAACGGCACGUGUGCCUGCCUGCCAGGCUAUGUUCUUGAUCCGGAGACCCGGCUCUUUUGUCGCGCCCGUUGCCCGAAGGGCUGUGGCACGCAUGAGCAGUGCGUAGCACCAGAUAAAUGCGAGUGCUUGCCGGGCUAUCGACACAGCUCAGAGCUAGGCUGCCAGCCCAUCUGUGCGCCAGACUGCGGCUACGGGAAAUGCGUGGCGCCCAACCAAUGCGAAUGCAUUCCGGGCUUUAUCAAGCGUCGACAGCGCAAUGUCUGCGAGGCCGAAUGCUAUCUACACUGCGAGAAUGGUUUCUGUGAGUCCCGCUUCAAGUGCAAUUGCCGUACGGGCUACCAGUAUGAUGUGAAUACGACCAGCUGCCUGCCCGUGUGCCAGGAUGAAUGUGGCCAUGGCAAUGGGGUAUGCAUUGCUCCCGGCAUCUGUCGCUGCUUCGAGGGCUACGAACUGCGAGGCAACAGCUGCGAGCCCAAGUGCGAGAGCUCCUGCGGCUACUACGGCAAAUGUCUGUCGCCCAAUGUUUGCGGCUGUGUGCCAAAUGAGCAGCACUGCCUGAAUGGAAGCUGCGAUGCCAACGGCCAUUGCGAGUGUCCAGCUGGAUGGACGCACUACGUCGGCCAGUGCCUGGAGCCACAGUACAUUGAGCGAAAGCUGAGCAGCUUGCAGCUGCGCAAGGAGCUUGAUGAAGAUAUAAAAUACGAGUUUCAUGCGCUAAUCGGACGUUUGUUUAAUUGGUCUUAG